UACAUCUGUCGGCGAGAAACUACACGCUGAUUAUUGAUUCGUGUGGUAUAGCUCACCUCUUUGAAGACUUAAUGCCUUGUACUUACACAUCGUCAGCCACAGACGUUCCAUCAUGACAGAGCACUCUGUGUGCCUGUGGGUGAAGGCUGAGCCUUUCAGCUAUGGAGCCUUUCCCAUAGCACCUCACCCAAGACUGACAUUUAGUAACAUCAAGAAAAUUGUAAUCUAUGCCAAGAAUAAGGGAAGCCUCGGAUUUCCGAGGAUUAACUAUUCAGUAUGGCGUCAUAUAGCCUGUAACAAGCUUCACCUCUCAGAAGACCUAGCCUGGAUGUAUUUCUCAACUUGCCACAUGUUCUCUGAGGACUUGUCUACCAUGGAGAGAAUUGAACGUGACCAGGAGAUGGCUGCUUGCUCCAGCCAAUCAGAUAGAGACAGACUGCGGUCAUCAGUGAACGUAUCCACACUGAAAUUUGUUUUGUACCUGUACAUACAACAGAUCUACAAAGUUUCACUCAAGGCCUCCCUUGUGUCAGGAGAGGAAUGGCCAACAGUACGCUCAAGUUCUCCAGACCUGGAGGGAACAGGGAGGACAACGCCUCGAGGAAAUAAGACAUUGGAUGACCACAGUCACCUUGUAUUUGUACAGAACCAUAUCCAUGAGAUCCUAGAACUCCUAGUAGAGCCAGAUGUGUUGAGUAGCGUGGGUCCUGGGGACCUGGCUGUUAGUCUAGCUGCCCUGGAAUCUCUCGGUUUCCUUAUCACUGGCUCUGUGGAUAAAUGCAAGUCUUUGUUACCCAUACAAGAUAUAGCCCUACUUCAAACUGUACAGCACAGAACUGGCUUCUCAAAGAUGACACGAAUAUUUUCAUUACGUCUGCUGCAAAACUGGAUAAAAGACUCCUUGAUGCCGAACCCAUUUGGAAUAUCUUCGUGUAUAGCUAGUGGGCGUCGCCUCUCCUGGCCCAUGGCAGGAGAGGACAAAGACAAUAAAGCUGAUCAGGUCACAAAACGUGGCAAAAUAGCAACCAAUGCUCAUGCUGUUCCGAAGGGCCAUGCUAAAGGGAGCAAAAUAAUCAUUAUGAGUCAAGUCAGCAAGCAGACGAUAUCCCGAAGCUCUGGAACACUGGAAAAUAGCAGCAUCAAGAUACAUCGAUGUCAUUACUCCUACCUGUACCUACUGUCUCCCCUCAGAUCAGUGACGAUAGAGAAAUGCCGUAACUCAACAAUCAUCCUGGGACCAGUGGAGACCACAGUGUACCUCAGUCAUUGUGAGAAAGUGACUCUCAUCGCUCCAUGUCGCUUUCUCAUGAUAAGUGGAAGCACACUUUGUAACUUACACUUGAUGACACCGAGCCGACCAAUGCUCCUCGGUGGGAAUGAUACCAUCCUUCUGGCCCCCUACCACACACACUAUCCUUGUUUGGAGGACCAUCUCACCACUGCCGGACUGUGUCCCGACAGGAACCUUUGGAACCAGCCACUAUGUGUGGGACCAGAACACAAAGAUGAGACACCGGUAUGGGAGCUCUUACCUAUACCUGAAUUCUUCACCUUCAACAUUCCCUUUCAAAUGGAGGGCAGUACGACG